UGUAACUGGGACCUGGGGAUGGAGUCUGGGGACAUCCCUGACGAGGCCAUCACUGCCUCCUCUUCCCACGACCACAUCGUUGGACCACACAAUGCCAGGGUUCGCGUGGAAACUAAAGGAGGGGCGUGGUGCCCCAAAGGUCAGCUGAACGCCCACUCUAGAGAGUACCUGGAGGUGGACCUGGGUCGAGUACACGUGAUCACUGCCACAGGUACUCAGGGACGCUUCUACAACGGCAAGGGUCUAGAGUACACGGAGGCCUACGGUCUAGAGUACUGGAGACCAGGUCUACCCGACUUCAGAGUCUAUACCAACGGUUACGGUAAUCAGACGUUUCCAGGCAACGUCAACACUUACCUGGAGCAGAAGAACGUGUUGUCCCCUCCUUUGACGGCCAGCAAGGUGCGCUUCAUCCCUGUCUCCCCUCAUCCGCGAACCAUCUGCCUCAGAGUUGAGAUAUAUGGCUGCAACACUACAGGUGGGGUGGUGAGCUACAGCGGGGUGGACGGGAUGGUGAGGGACCCUGGCUUCCUACUGGCAGACGACUCUUACGAUGGAGCCAGGGGCCCGGGACUCUUGCGUAAUGGACUGGGGCAGCUCUACGACGGAGAACUGGGUAAACCACUCAACUACCUGCAGCUGCAGGCCUACGGCAGGGGAAAAGGGUGGGAGUGGGUGGGCUGGUCGUCGGAGCAGCUUCAAGGAGAGCCUCUCCAGCUCACCUUUACAUUCGACACCAUGAGGAACUUCUCCAGUCUCACCCUCCACCUCUUCUCCAGUCUCGAGGACGACUUUGUGCUGCCAUCGAAGGCCGAGGUUUACUUCGGUGAGGAGGGAACACACUUCCACGAGAAGCCCGUGAGGUCUCCCGUCUCCGGCUGGCCAGGUUCGCUCACCUCCGGCAGUCACAACAUCACCCUUGACCUCCGUCACCGCAUCGGUAAAGUCCUCAACAUCCUGCUGGACUUCCCCGGCCCCUGGUUGGCUCUCAGCGAAAUCUACUUCGACAGUCAGCCGUGCGUGUGCAACCUAACGGACUGGGCUGACGGAGAGGCGUCCACGCCGGCGGAGCACACAGCAGUCCGACGAGAUGACUCACGCGACGUGUCUGCCGUAUCCGCCGUGCACGCCCACACCCGCGCCUACAUGGGUGUGGUGAUCGGAUUCGUUGUAGGCGUGUUCUUGCUAGUGGCCGCCGGCCUGCUCAUCUACGUUCGUCGCCUGCGCAAAAAGAAAUCCUCCCCUCACGUUCUGAAGAGUCCUCUCUCCGACACGACCAGCGUGGCGCUAGACAUGAAGUCGCUACGAAUGGUCUCGAGUUUUUCUGGUGCGGGAGCCGCCAUGUACGGCCCCGUAGCGGUGCCUGACGAAGAGGGUUCCCUCUACCACGAGCCCUACAAGACCCCGCUCUUCAGCGCCUCCGAGUACAGCGUGGCUACCAUCGGCCGCCACCUGAGCGACUACAGCAAGGGCGGCACCGCCACUCCCGCCCGCCAGAGUGCCGCCAGCAGCGGUGUUGUGGGUGGAGAGUAUGCUGUGCCCAUCCUCUCCACCCCUCCCCCGCCCUUCAACACCAACGCCUCUACGCCCUUCACCACCACGCCCAUCAGCGCUCCGCCCACGCCCUUCUCCCACGCCACCACACCGCAUUCAGCCACCUCCACCCCCUUCAGCAGUUCUGCGCCCGCCCCGCCCACCACCCUGCCGCCCAGCGGCUUCCCCUCCCUCAUGCGACUGUGCCCCGCCCCGCCCCCGCCACCCGUGCCGCCCCCACCAGAGAAGUACCUCACCCCACCCGUCGUCUGCAAGGGUGUGAGCGUGGUGGGGCCGUGUGGACUAGCUCAGUACUGCAUGGAAGGUAUGAGCACGCUUAAACCCAGGAGUCCCAGGGAAAUCCACCGCCAGGUUCUCCACUACGGUGACAAGUUGGGCGAAGGAGACUUUGGCACGGUGCACCUGGGGGAGGCGCCGACCGUGGGAGAAAACGGUGACACCUGUGGCACCCUUAAGAGUAGCGUGGGCAACGUCAACGGUGUGCCCAACAGGCAGGUGGUGCUGGCUGCGCUUAAACAGGACGCUUCCCAAGAGGUGCGGGAGGAGGCAUGGUGCCAGGCCCAGCUGCUGGCCACGCUCUCUGAUCCCAACUUGGCCAGCCUGGUAGGUGUUGUGAGCAGGGACGCACCACUCGUGCUAGUGCUGGAGUACCUACCCUUGGGAGACCUCAACCAGUACCUACGUCGUCAUGUGCCCGACACCACCACCCCCAGACUCAACCACAUGCGUCCCAUCAGCUAUGGCUCACUCAUCUACAUGGCCACCCAGCUAGCGUCGGGCAUGAAGUACCUGGAGGCUCAUAAUAUAACUCACCGGGACCUGGCUACCAGGAACGUCCUAGUGGGCUCUGGUCAUCUCAUCAAGAUCAGCUGCGUGGGCUCGUGCAGGUCCCUCUACGCUGGGGAUUACUACACCAGCGACAUCCAGCACAGCCCACUGCCCAUACGAUGGAUGAGCUGGGAAGCCCUCUUCCUAGGUCACUUCAGUAGCCGCAGUGACGUCUGGUCCUUCGGGGUGACCCUGUGGGAGAUGCUGACCCUGGGGCGCCAGCAACCCUACGAGCGCUUGUCUGACGACGGCGUCAUCGAGAACCUUGCUCACUUCUACCACGACGAUGGCGGAGAGAUGUUCCCCAGCCAGCCUGCCUUGUGCCCUAAGGAGUUAUACGACCUGAUGCAGGAGUGUUGGAGACGCAACGAGGGAGACAGACCUAACUUUAGGGACAUACACGUCUUCUUGCAGCGUAAAAACCACGGCUACACUCCGGAGGCGUGAAGAAUGAGGUGGAUGACUCUGUAUGGCAAGGAUAACGAAGUGAUUGUCACAAGAAUCGGAUAAAGUAUUCAUAGGUCUUUACCUAAUACUUGGUGUUGGGAGAAUAGCCCAAAAAGAGAGAGAUUUAACAACUGCAUAAAGCGGGGAAGGGUACACACGGGCUAAGUACUUCACGUAAAAAAAAUAACGAGGAGGUUACUGAAUGAGUUUUGGGUCAGUUUCAUGAGACAGACGGAGUUGCUGAUGGCGAACUUGAAGAUUUAUAGUGCAGAUUGUUUUAAAUGUGUUGUGAGAGAGUGACUGGAACUCAGCAGGUGUUACAAUGUCUGUCUCCAAACGUUUGUAAGUGUAGACGAUGCCAUAAGACAAUCUAGGUACGAUGUAGUAUUAGAUAUUAGUGAAGCAUCGAGUCUCCUCAAUGUGUUUCAGAGUGAUUAUAAGGUGUGACACUCAAGUCCGGAGAAACUGCCAGAGUAUCAGUCAGAUAUGAAUCUUACUGAAGUAUCAGUGAAUGAACAAGAAUUAUAAGUGUCAGAUAUUAAUAUUAGUUACAUUGAUGAUAGUGAUAAAACAGUUCCAGUGAAGCUUUUUGCAAAUGCUGGUUAUCAUUGUGGUAUUGUAAUUUUUGCUCAUCCCUGACACGGUAUUGAAGCCCUCGCGAGUUUGGUGGCAUUAUCAAAACAUUACUACUGAUGGACAAAACAGUGCCACUGAGAAAACAGUAUUAAUGACAAGGCAGUGUGAGAACAAGACUAAUAACCAGACAAUAUCUGUGACAAGACAGUGAUAGCAACAAAACAAUGCCGUCGAUAAUAACAGUGGGUUACAGAAGCAGAACCUUUAACAAAAUCAGCAUCAGCUAAUAAAAACAGUGCCAGUGACACAAAAACAGCCAAUUAAAAAAAUGCAGCGAAUUACAAACAAGUGCCAAUAUAGUACCAAGCAUUAGAGAGUUUCACCAACCUGUUUCUGGAAGCUUUCUGUGUUUUAUACCCUACCAAACACCGUGUCACGUCCCUUCCCCAACUCCUCAGCCCAAUACACAAUGAAAGAAGGAAUUGUUUGUGACACAAAAUAAACUCAAAAGGUCAUCCGCCGAAAUCCAGUAACGCAACGAACGAGUAAUGAAAUAACAAUACAUUCAAGGGAUUUAUUAAUUAAUAGGCACUGAAUCAAAGGUGUAUCAGCCAUUACAUAGGUAAACUAGAGUGCCAGCAUUAGAAAGGUGCUCUGGUAGAAAGGUAGAAAGAAGCUACCUGUCUUUUCUGGCUGGACGAA